UGUGUGUGUGAGAAAGAGAGAGAGAGUGUGUGUUGAUGAAGGAGUUAGAGCUGGACUGAUCCUGGGAAGAGAGAGAGAGAGAGAGAGAGAGAGAGAGAGAGAGAGAGAGAGAGAGAGAGAGAGAGAGAGAGAUGGGGAUAUUAAACAUCACACAGCAGACCCCUCUGGUCCAGGCGAUAUUCAGCCGAAAUGUAGAAGAGGUGAAGUUUUUAUUGCACAGUAAAGAAGAUGUUAACGCAUUGGACCAAGACCUUCGUUCCCCUCUGCAUGCUGCUGCUUUUUUGGGUGAUGUUCGAAUCAUGGACCUUCUCAUCAAGUCAGGUGCUCAUGUUAACGCUAAGGACCAAGCGGGUCUGACUCCGCUGCAUCGUGCCGCAGCUUCCAGGAACGAUAGGGCAGUGGGGAUGCUGCUGACUCGGGGGUCAGAGGUCGAGUCCAGGAGUCGGUUCAGCGGUCAGACGGCGCUGCACGUGGCCGUCUCGAAUCGAGCGUUGAGGUGCGCUGAAACUCUUUUGCCUUUGAUGAGCAGCGUUGAUGUAACGGAUCAUAACGGAAGAACUGCUCUGCACCACGCGGCCUACAGCGGAGACACCGAGAUGGUGACGUUGCUUCUGAACAAAGGCGCAAACCCAAGUGUGAGGGAUAAUAAAGCGCGACAGCCUCUGCACUGGGCCUCUUACCUCGGAUAUUUGGAGAUUGUGAAGCUCUUGCUGUCUUGCAAUGCUGAUGUGGCAUGCAGGGAUAAACGUGGGUACUCGCCUCUUCAUGUAGCUGCUCUGAGCGGUCACGUCGACGUCGUCAAGCACCUGCUCCGACUCGGCGCUGAGAUGGACGAGACGAACUUGUUUGGGAACACGUCUCUGCACAUGGCAUGUUAUAACGGUCAGGAGGCCGUAGCUAACGAGUUAGUAAACCGUGGAGCUAAUGUUAACCAGGCCAACGCCAGAGGCUUCACUCCGCUUCACCUGGCUGCCGUGUCUACGAACGGAGCUCUGUGUCUUGAGCUGCUCGUCAACAACGGGGCCGACGUCAACAUGCAGACUAAAGAAGGGAAAAGCCCUCUGCACAUGGCCGCCGUUCACGGCCGCUUCACUCGAUCCCAGAUCCUCAUUCAAAACAGUGGGGAUAUAAACUGUGUGGAUAAAUACGGCAAUACUCCUCUUCACAUUGCUGCUAAACACGGCCAUGAGCUGCUCAUCAGCACGCUGAUGACUAACGGUGCUGAUACUGCCAGACAGGGACUUUAUGGGAUGUUUCCACUGCACUUGGCUGUGCUUUAUGGGUUUUCAGACUGCUGUCGAAAGUUACUCUCCUCAGGUCAGCUGUACAGUAUUGUUUCGUCUUUGAGUAACGAGCACGUCCUGUCUGCGGGGUUUGAUAUAAACACUCCGGACAGUCUGGGGAGGACGUGUUUGCACGCUGCUGCAUCGGGAGGAAACGUGGAAUGUCUUAAUUUACUGUUGAGCAGCGGUGCUGACGUGAGCAAAACGGACAUCAUGGGAAGAACUCCUCUGCACUACGCAGCAGCUAACGGGACGUACCAGUGCACCGUAGCGUUAGUGAGCUCCGGAGCCAAGGUGAACGAGCUGGACCUGAACGGCUGCAGUCCUCUGCACUGUGCUGCUGCCUCACACACCUUUCGCAGAGUCGACGGUGAUGAUCAUCAGAGUGAUAUGAGGGAUAAAGAGGCGCUGCUGUGUUUGGAGUAUCUGCUGGAUAACGGAGCUGAUCCAGGACUCAGAGACACUAAAGGCUACAGUCCUGUUCACUAUGCAGCCGCCUAUGGCAACAAACACAACCUGGAACUGCUCUUAGAAAUGUCCUUUAACUGUGUGGGAGACGUGGAGAGCAAUUUUCCUGUGAGCCCUUUGCACUUAGCUGUGUGUAACAGUCAGUGUGAGGCGGUGCAGCUCCUCUCUGAGACGCUGGUGUGUGUGGAUGUCCGGGACAGCGCAGGACACACUCCUUUGUAUCUGGCUGCUCGUAAAGGCUCCUUGUCUUGCGUAGAGGGUCUUCUGUCACACGGAGCGUCAUGCUGCGUCCGAGAACACGCCAGGAAACGGACACCGCUUCACGCGGCAGCUGCCAGAGGACACACUGAGUGUUUGUAUGCACUGUUGAGCCGAGCGGACAGAGAUGACCUCAUCGACCUCGCAGACGCACAGGGACAAACGGCUCUGAUGUUGGCCACGCUGGGCGGACACGUCGACUGUGUGCACAUGCUACUGGAGAGAGGAAGUAAACCUGACACAGGGGACAGACGCAGUCACACUGCGCUACACAGAGCGGUGGUGCUGGGCAGCGUGGAGUGCGUGUCAGCGUUGUUAGAUCACUCGGCCUCCCCGCUGUGUCGGGAUGUUCGGGGACGGAGCUCUCUGCACUUUGCUGCCUCGUGUGGUCACACCGAGCUCCUUCAGCUCCUCAUCAACGCUGCAGCUCAGGUCGACCCUCUGGACUCCUUACUAGACUACAGCAGAUACACACCUGCUCACUGGGCAGCUUAUUAUGGGCACAAAGACUGUUUGGAAAUUUUACUUGAAUAUAAAGCGUUAAGUAUCCAGGAAGGGAAUCCUUUCACCCCGCUGCACUGUGCACUAAUGAAAGGCCACGAUGCUGCUGCUGAGCUGCUGGUGAAAGAGAUGGGCACCGAAAUCAUCAACCUCAGAGACGCUAAAGGAAGAACGCCACUGCAUGCAGCUGCUCGGGCAGAGACGGUGUCCGGGCUGCAGCUGGCGCUGUUCUGGGGGUCAGAGGUCAACUCGGUGGAUUGUGAAGGACGUUCAGCUCUGAUGGUGGCUGCAGAGAAUGGCCAGACGUCUGCUGUCGAAGUUCUCCUGCAGCAGGCAAAAGCAGACCCGUCACUGCUGGACAUCAACAAUAAUACUGCACUACACCUGGCCUGCAGCAGAAGUCAUGAGAUGUGUGCACUGCUGAUUCUGGCUGAGUUCGACGAUCCUUCUCUCAUCAACGCUACAAACAGUGCACUACAGAUGCCACUCCACAUCGCGGCCCGGAACGGUCUGGCCACCGUGGUGGAGGUCCUCCUGAGUCGAGGGGCUACGGUUCUGGCUGUAGAUGAAGAAGGUUGCACCCCAGCUCUGGCCUGCGCUCCAAACAAAGACGUGGCAGAGUGUCUGGCGCUCAUCCUGUCCACCAUGAAGCCUUUUCUUCUUAAAGACGCAGGCAUCAGCGUGUUGAAGCACUGCAGCAUCGCUGCCAAACAUCAUCCUUUACCAAACGGCUACUCCAAGGAGCGCCACGGCACUGUAGGGCUUGACAGCUGAGACCCACACACACACACACACACACACACACCUUUCGUCACAGGUUUAUAUCACCAUCUCUAUAACCUACAGCCAUGUUAGAGAGGCAGGAAUGCACCACUGUGUGUGUGUGUGUGUGUGUGUGUGUGUGGGGGGGGGGGGGACAGACCUGUGCAUAUGCAAAGAUUCGCUCCUUUUCCCCUCAGAACACUGAGGUCGUUUCAUCUUAAAUGUUAAACCAUGGGAUGAACAGCGCCACCUCUGUGAGAUACUGAGACGGAGGGAUGAGGGGCUACACAUUUGUGCAAACAUUAGGGUUCUGAAGUCGCAGCCAUCAGUAGCUGUAGCACUCAAACACAUCACAUCAGACCUGCCAAUAAAAACAAGCAAUUACAAAGAAAU